UUUUACUUUCUGUACUGUACAGGAAUUCUGUAUCUUCACUGAGAACUGGAAAAGGAAGCAGUGAAAACCGCAAGAGUGUUUUCUAUACUGAGGAGUGGGAAAUGCUGGAUCCCACUUCAAAGGAUUUGGAGGAAUCAAUGGCUCAAGAGGAGAAGAGGAAGCUUGCAGCUGAACCCAGCAAAGGUGUGACUAGUUCAACCUUUCCAUUUGAUUUUGGCCGCAUUCCACACAAAGCCAGGCGUCCUCUGAAAGAAAUUAUUGGAACCAGCAAAAACCGGAACAGCAUGGAGUCUUCUAUGGAGUGGAAUGGAAACAAGUUUGCUACUGAGAUGCAGCUGAAGUUUCAAAGCCAACAAGAGGAGUUGGAGGGGCUCAAGAAGGAACUGUCUAGCCAAAAGGAACUUGUGCGGCUUCUGCAGCAGACCGUCAGGUCUUCCCAGUAUGACAAAUACUUUGCAGGGCGCUUCUGUGAUGGGGGUCCAAAAGACAAGCUGGAGCUGCUUCACCAGAAGGACAAUCAAAUCUUAGGCCUCAACAACCAGCUGGAAAAACUGACUCUGGAAAAGGACAGCCUGCAGCAGGAAGUCAAGAACCUGAAGAACAAAGUGGGCGAGCUCAAUGAGCAGCUCAGCAUGCUCAUGGAGACCAUCCAAGCCAAGGACGAGGUGAUCAUGAAACUGUCCAGGGAGCUGAGCGAAUGCGAGGACCAGGCGUCGUCUCAGGGUGGAUCCGCCCAGCUCUCCUUGUCUUCCUCCAUGAACAGAGAACUCCAGGAGCUCGACAGAUUGAAAGACAGUCUUCAGGGUUAUAAAACCCAGAAUAAAUUUUUAAAUAAGGAGAUCUUGGAACUUUCUGCCUUACGAAGAAAUGCUGAAAACCGAGAAAGAGACUUGAUGGCAAAGUAUACAAGCCUAGAAGCCAAACUCUGUCAAACAGAAAGUAAGUACCUGAUUUUGCUUCAAGAAAUGAAGACCCCCGUUUGCUCAGAGGAACAGAAUCCUCAUGAUGAUGUUGUUGCCCAGCUUCUGGAAGAUGCCUUAAGAGUGGACACUAAUGAGCACCCGGAGCAAACUUACUUCAAACCUCACAUGGUCAGUGAAUAUGAUAUUUAUGGCUUCCAAACAGUCCCUGAGGACGAUGAGGAAGAGAAGCUGGUUGCAAAGGUGCGGGCCUUGGACUUGAAAUCCCUGUCCCUUACUGAGCACCAGGAGAUGUCCACAGGGGUGAAGUGGGAGAAUUACUUGGCUGGCACUGUGAACAGGGAGAUGAUACGCUCCCUGGAACUGAAGAAUCUCAUUCGCUCUGGGAUCCCACACACCCAUCGCUCCCAGAUAUGGAAAUGGUGUGUCGGGCUCCACGUGAAGAAGUUCAAGGACAGUGCAGACCCAGGCUACUUCCAAGGCCUGCUCCAGAAUGCCCUCAAGAAACAGAACCCAGCCUCCAAGCAGAUUGAGCUUGACCUGCUGCGGACUUUGCCCAACAAUAAGCAUUACUCCUCUCCCACUUCUGAAGGCAUCCAGAAGCUGCGGAAUGUGUUGCUUGCCUUUUCUUGGCGGAAUCCAGACAUAGGAUAUUGCCAGGGUCUAAACAGGCUGGUGGCAAUUGCACUUCUCUACUUGGAGCAGGAGGAUGCCUUCUGGUGCCUUGUUACCAUAGUGGAAGUCUUCAUGCCCCGGGACUAUUACACUAAAACUCUGCUAGGAUCCCAGGUCGACCAGAGAGUCUUCAAGGAUCUGAUGAGUGAGAAGCUGCCUCGGCUCCAUGCCCACUUUGAGCACUACAGAGUGGACUACUCACUCAUCACCUUCAACUGGUUCCUUGUCGUGUUUGUAGACAGUGUGGUCAGCGAUGUCCUCUUCAAGAUCUGGGACUCCUUCCUCUAUGAGGGACCAAAGGUGAUUUUCCGGUUCGCUUUGGCACUCUUUAAAUACAAAGAGGAGGAGAUCUUAAAGCUGCAAGACUCAAUGUCUAUAUUCAAGUACCUCAGAUACUUCACUCGCACAGUCCUUGAUGCUAGGAAGCUGAUCAGUAUUGCUUUUGGGGAUCUGAACCCCUUCCCUCUGCGCCAGAUCAGGAACCGGAGGGCCUGCCACCUGGAGAAGGUGCGCCUGGAACUCAUGGAACUUGAAGCCAUGCGGGAAGAUUUCCUGCGUGAACGGGAAACCAACCCGGACAAAAGGGACCUCAUUAGUGAUGACGAAGAAGACGGCUGAAGGAACACCAGACCAUCUCCAGCCACCCGAAGAGAGGCUCCUGCUCUUUUGGGGAACCUGACCAAAGCUUUAUUGGAGGGGUUUGACUUCUCACACAUUUCUUACUUUCACAGUCCAGCAAAACUGAAUGUUUGGCAAUGGCAGCUGGGAAUCUGCAGGGCAGAUUUCCACAUCUCAGCACUUCGUUGCAGAAGCCCCUUGUCUACUCCAGAGGCCAAGCAAUUCUGUUUACCUUGCCUGCAUUCCACUGUGUGCACAGAGCACUUCAUGGACUUUGCGUCCAGCUGCCUUUUUUGUUUUGUUUUAGGCUCCCUCCUUCCUUCUUUGGGAGUUCCCCACUUUUUCAAGUGCCUGUGUAGCAAGCAAUAGGGCAAAGUCUUUGCUUUCUAAAAUUUUCACCAUUUUACACCACACUCUCGACAGCUUCUCCCUGCUCCUCUUUUUCAUCACCGUCACCUACGAGUGUGUAAGCUGUUCCAUCUGGGAGAAAGAGGGAGAUACUUCACCAACCUUGAUUAUAUUAAAAACGCAAUCAACAUUUUCCAUGUUGAGGGUGGCCAGUUCAGCUCUGCUUGUUUAAAAUUAGCCCAAAUAUUGACAUAUAUUGAGAGUAUCUGCACACAUACUUAAAAUCAGAGGGGGAAAUGUGAAGAGACUGCCUGGAGCCAAUUGUUUUUUGCCAAGGGUCCAAGUGUUCCUGAAGUGCACCUCUGCUGAGUCCUAGUGCCUCUGCUUUUAGCAAGAAAAGUAAAGUAUACUUUGCACAUGGUGCUAAAGGAGCAUUGUAGGGGAAUAAGGACAAGUAUGCCCACUUCUGCCCAAAUUUCUUUUAAAAUGACCAAGAAAGACCAGGUUAGUUACAGGGAAGAUGGAAAUUUCUCCUUGGUCUGGUGCUGUUAAAGACACAGGAGUCUGGUUGCUCAUCCAGAAUGAGCCCAGUCAGCAUCAUGCAGCCUGAGGAGAGGAGACAGGGGUUCAGGCAGGGCCUAUCUGCACUGAACAGCCGUUGGUGCUCUGGUUUGAUGGCCUCCUCCUCCUUUGGAUCCCCUGGCUGUCUUAUUGCUCCUUGGGGACUCUUCAAGAAGCCAAUUGCUCCUCAAGAAGCCAAUUUCUAUUAUAAAUGGUGGCAAACGGUUUGUCAAGGCAGGCAGCAAAGUGUGAUAAAAUUGGACCAAGUCCAACAAUAUGAUACGAGAGAGAGUUAUUCUUUAAUUGGGGGAGGGGGUUUGGCAGCACCAGUCUCCACCCACCCACCCACCCCUUUCUUUUGUACUGCAUUCCAUGGCAAGUUGGGAGAUGCUCCACUCCUGCCAAGUUGGUGAAAGUUGAAGCUGAGGAAAUUCCAGGUGGAUACUGCUUAUUGUAUUACUGUGAUCUUUGCAAAAAUGUGUUGCCUUAGGUACAAGUUGUGAACAUGGAGAAAAUGAAGACAACCACGAGCUGAUUACUUGCGGGUGGACGGGUGAACCUCUCCUUUGUUUUUUCCCCCCUUAAAUCUAUUGUUCUGUUUGUAUCUGUGAAUAUAUUUAGAAUGGGUCAUGGCCUUUUAUGAUCUCGGUGGGAGAGAAGCUAAUGCAGCUUCCGUACCUUCUGACAUUUCCCCAUCCCUGGAUCAAAAGUUUCUCCAAAACAUGGUGAAAAUAGACCCUGCCUGCGCAGAAGGAGUGAGGGGGCAAAAACAAAUUGAAGGAAAAAGUUUAAUUAUUGUUUUUAAUUGUGCCCCUGGGGCCUGUGUACAGUGCAUGCGCACUCCGAUUUAAGCCAAAACCUUGUGGCCUGUUGGUUUGUCUCCCAUCAGGCAGCACUUGCUGUUUGGUGAAACAAGAAAAGAACCACCAGCAGAGCAAACAGGGGAAGCCACACAGGAUGCAAUGCAAGCUCACCACAGAUUAGGUUGACGCCAGAAAUGGGCAAGAUAUAUAGCCCAGCCUGUGCUUUUUCACUUCAGCUGAUAUUGCUCCCUUUGAAAAAAAGGACUUUGUACUUAAAUUCUGAUACCCUCUUUCCAUGUAUUAUUACAUGUACUGUAUUUCCAACUUCUAUUGAAACCCACAGACCUCUUGGAUAAUCCCAUGCUGUCAGAUUUUGAAGCUGUCUUCAGGAAGAGCUGGUUCAGGGUAGGACAGUUUCGCAUAGCCUUGCAUCAUCUGUGCCCCCUGAAAUGCCAAGAAAGCUCCAUUGCAUUCUAUUUGGCCACCAAUCCUCCUCCUCCCGAAUUUCAUCCCAGUCAGCCAGCACCCGUAAGUUUAGCAUAACAUUCAUUCUUCAUCUUGUCAAUGGUUCUUCUGUAUUCUCCUGAAUAUCCUCAGCUUUAUAACAUUGGUGUUGAGGAUUGUUGCCUUCCCAGCUCAAGACGGAUGAGAAUGUUCAGUCAGUCCCUCCCACAACUCACUCUUUUGCCAGCUGCAGGGAGAAUUUAUGUUUGGUCCCACCGCACUUGAUGCUUUGGACCGCUUUGGCAAACAGAAUGGGAAACUCUUUCUUGCUAAAAAAAAUUGGGUAGUGACUUGGAAACUGAAACCUCCAGAAGCAUUUCAUCAGCCAAAGUUAUGUGGGGCAAUUCUGAACCUGCAAUGCUGAUGUACAAAAGCAGAAUAGGGCAAGAAGAUUGGAAAAAUUCAGGACGGACCCUGCCUAGUUGACCAUCCAAAUUUCCUCUUGUGACUGUUUCACACCUCUUAUUUCUACAGUGCAGUUUUUGUAAAGAUUGUGUUUUUGUAAAGAAUUCCGAAAUGUUUUACAUAUUAUAUAUGCCAAGUAUCUUAUGCAUGGUUUCUGUUUUAAGUAUUAUAUAACCCACAACACUUUAGCCAUUUGGGCAAGGUCCUAGGUCACACAGAUGAAUUAUUUUGUCACAUUAUAGGCAGGAAAAGGAUGUAGCGCUUGACAGAUAGCAUUUGCUGAAGUGGCACAGUACAUAUUUUCAGUCUCUGGUUGGUAUAAUAAUCAGUACUACUCUUUAUACAGAGAUCAGGUUCACACAUCAAGAAUAUACCUUGCACCAAGCCCUGCUAAAAUGAGUAAAGCAUGCACAGAUUUCCCUUUCCUGGUGCGAUUGAGCAGAGAAGGUGUUCCCUGGGGAAAAUCCCUCGGACUCCAAAACCUGUUUCUCUUUCUCAUACUUUUCAUUGUUUUCGUCUGCUACGUCUGUCAUUGCAUAAGGACCAAGAAUUUGUUUGUGAGCAAACAACAAGCCUGAGUCAAGUUGUCAGAGAACUCCGUAAUCCUAUUUGUUUGUGUCUCGCCCGAAGAAACUCAAACUUGUCUCUCUUCCAGUGUUUUUAAACUCUCACAUUUUUGUACUGCCCUUUCUUCAUCCAUAUUACUGAAACAAUGGGGAAUGUGUAGCACAGAGAAAGGGCUGCAGUCUUGAAAUGUAAGCUGGUUUUGCCAGAAAUUGUUGCAAGUAAAUAAAAAUAAUUUUCUACUGUC